AUCCGGUUGCCUUAUGUUCGGCAUGACAGAGAGGCGCAGCAACUUCGCGAAUGUAUGCAGCCGGCUGUUAGUCUUUCAUUAAAUGACACGUGAAAGGAGCAUUUUGAAAGAUUCACGUUGAACUUCUGGCGUUGUUUUGCAGAGAGCCGAUAUUGAACUAUAUAAAUUAUCUGGCUAGUAAAUCAGACACAGAAGGUGAACUAUAUGUAAUAUAUAUAUCUAUAUUUUUAUAAGAAAAUGGCGGAUAUUACUAGUGCUUGUCCUGAGAAGAGCUUGGACGACUUCUUUGCCAAGCGAGAUAAAAAGAAGAAAAAGGAAAAAGGAAAGGGGAAGGAGCAAGCACCGACACCGGGACCUGUAACUUCGAAAAAGAACAAAAAGGAAAAGGAGAAGCCAACCAAAAACGAGAAUCAAGACACGCAGGUAGAGAAGGAGGACGCGGAGUGGAAGGAGUUCGAGCAGAAGGAAGUGGACUACAGCGGGCUGCGGUUGCAAGCUAUGCAGCUCGAUGAGAAGGAGGAAGAGGAGUAUGAAAAGGAAGAGGUGGGCGAGGACGGAGAGAUCAUCCUGGUCAGCGGGGACAAAAUGUCCGGCCCGUGGAACAAGCCCGGAUACGCCCCCGUGGCGGCCCCGCCCGUGGUGGAGGUGGAGGCCCCCGAGCCCAAGCCUGCGGGGGUGUACCGGCCCCCCGGGGCCCGACUGGGGCCCGCAAAGAAGGGCCCGACCCAGGGGCCCCCGGAGAUCACCAGCGACGCCCAGUUCCCCUCGCUUUCGUCCACGGCCAAACACGUGGAGACCCGCAGGGACAGGGAGAUGGAGAAGACCUUUGAGGUGGUGAAGCACAGGAGCCGAGCCCGGGAGGAAGGAGGCGGAGCCUCUGCACAGCAGCUGCAGCUGGACAACCAGUAUUCCAUCCUCGGGGACAAGUAACCGCCCCCCCCCCCCCCCCCCCGUGCCAAGCCCCACCCACCCAGCAUGGCCCCGCCCUCUGCCUGUGAGCAGGUGGGAGGGAGCAGAACUACGGCCAUUCAACACACAAUCGCAUACACACUCAAAUACAUGCGCUCUCCCUCUCACAUAUGCUCUCCAUCUCUCUCCCUCUCUCCAUCUCUCUCUCGCAUACACACACGCACCUACACAUUCUCUGUCUC